CAUAGUCACAUGUUUAGAAACUUCCACAUGUACGCAGGUGUUUUUAAAUCAUUUCCCUUUUCAAUUUUAGUCCAAAAAUCGCCAUUAUACUGGAAACUUCAAUUCGGACUGAAAUAACUGCAUUGAAUCAGGUAUCAGAGUGAUGUCUGGAAUUAAUGCCUCUAGUCUUUUUCUCCUGACUUGUCUGUGUGUGUUAUUCCCUGUGUACUCUGGCUACCUGUAUCUGACCCCUGGAAAAGAGUUCAGUGUAAGAGUGGGAAUACAGAACCCAGUCUAUGUCGACUGCAGCUUCCAGUCAGAAAUAACCACUUACGACGACUGUCACGUGCAGUGUUUCGGUUCCAUGGCAGAUGGGUCGUGUAGGUCGUUCACGUGGGAGGCAGAUGAGAAGACAUGCUUCUUCUGUUCACGCGAGAUAGACGACGAUGGCAUUCUGGCCAACGAGACCACUCGAUGGGUCGGACCCAGGAUUCGAAGAUACAUUGACAGGUGUCCAAUAGAUGUUCCGGAACCCACCACGCAAUCUACAACAGUCGGGCCAUAGUGACAUUGAGUGGAAAACAGACAUUCCGCAGUGGACAGAGAGUGUUUUCGAAGUGUAUUAUGAGUGUGAUAAACUAUUUUUAUUCAUGAGUGUGACCAAUAAAAAUGCGAGAAAACAAAUUCACAAUAUUUAUUUUGAA